AUGACGACGUUGGAGAAUUGUCGAUAUGUCAGACUGCCUACGCCGCGCUCAUUUCGGCUCUUGAAGAUCACAAAUAAAGCGACCCCUGUCGAGCUUUCACUGCAAAUCUUUGAGACUGGCUCUCAUCCCAAAUACACUGCGCUUUCUUACACCUGGGGUCAUCCUGUAUUUGAGGAUUACCCGGAUACAGAAAGGCAUGAGGUUCAUCAUCCUUUCCCAUAUCAGAAGCUCCCUGGCAAGCAGACUGUUACCUUCAAUCUUCAUGACGCUCUGCUGCAACUACAAAAAUCCGGUCACUCAGGCUACCUUUGGAUUGACGCCAUAUCCAUCGAUCAGUCAAGCUCGGAGGAGAAGACUCACCAAGUCAACAUGAUGUGCGAAAUCUACGAGAAUGCAACAAGUGUUCUUAUCUGGCUUGGAAAAGACGAUGAGUCUACACCAAUGGUAACGGAAGUACUGAGAAAGUUAGCUGUUUGUGUCAAAACCGCUCCUGACAUUUUCGCGCAUGAUGCCGCAGCCCUACGUAUGCUUGACAUGGCUAGAGAACUCUAUCAUCCCCACAAGCAUGAGCUUUUGGGUAUUCCCAACCUUAAUGAUGAUGAAGAGACUGCACUGAACCGGUUCUUGGCUAGGCGAUGGUAUGGGAGGUUGUGGAUUAUCCAAGAGGUCGCUGUCGCUAAACGAGCCUAUGUGCGUUGGGGAUUCUUCACUACCUCUUGGGAGACACUGUCUGCCUCUAUCAAUCAUUGGGAGACCAGCUGCCAUGAUAAAGUCACAUGGAGGCCACGUGAACAGUUUCCAAAGAUGAAGAAGGCUACUCCGAUGGGCAAGACAGCCAUUAUCAGAGAGGUGUCGGAUUUUACUUCAGGCAAAACUCGUUCCAGUCUUCCAAGACUACCUCUCGAAGCAAAAUUAAGCGUCCUGCACGAACAGUCAAACACAGGCGCUAUUUUCAUGAUGAUCCUCCGGCGAACAAGGUCAUUUUGCGCGAAGGACGCUCGGGACAAAGUGUUCGGCCUUCUUGGUGUGAUCAAGAGAGCUGCCCGAGUACGAAACUUGAGUGAGUGCCCAAUUUCAGCCGACUAUAGCAAAUCAGUGGCUCAAGUUUAUGAAGAGGCCACAACUUACAUCCUCAAAAAUACGUCCAAUCUCCUGCCUCUCAGCAUGGUCAGCGAUCCUAGUCGAAUUCUGGUGAAAGAUCUGCCGUCUUGGGCCAUAGAUUUCUCGGUGGGCUCUCACCUCUCAUUGGGGGAGAUUAACGCUGUGUUAGGCGAUCAGCCAGACUUCAACGCCGCGAAUGGCCCGCCAAAGCUAUCAGAAUACCCGAUCAUACGUGACAGAGCUAUGUAUGUCCUUGCACAUAUUCUAGACAAAGUUGCCGACACUGGUGAAGCACCAACCGAAGUCAGCAACACCAGCCUAGAACCAUAUGUGAAGUUCACAAGGAGUUGUCCAAAGAUAUACAGAACUGGGCAACACCCUGUGGAGGUCUUGUGGAGGACUUUGAUCUGGGACUAUGGGCUCACAGGAAGUCUACAUCCGGCUUCUGACACGUGCGGCGUAUCGUUUCGGUACUGGCUCGCCUGCACGGUGUGCAAUGCGAUUCAGCGGGAAGUCUGGAAAGGUAGGCUGAGAAGCAACUGUUUCCUCGAAAUGCGCAGUCUUGAGGAGCUAGCCGUGGGUGAUCCAACAGGAAAUAUCCCUCGUCUCGACGAAAUUGAGGAAAUCUGUGAAGAUAAUGGUGUCUUUGAAGAUGGAUUAGACCCAGAGCGGAAUACUGACCAAGUUUCAUUCGCAAUACGUGGGGGCUCGAAGUCUGACUCCAACUUAAAGAAUUCAGCCAGACGGUGGGACUUUGUUUCGCGGCCGAUCCUCGCAUGUAUCGUACUCACGAAGGGUACGUCGGAUCGGGUCCAUUUUCGACGUGUAAAGGAGAUGUGGUCAUCAUCGCUGCGGGCGGGAAGAUACCUUUCAUGUUACGGCCCGAAGCUUGGCGCAGAAAUUUAUGAGACUUCUCAGAUUGCUGCUAUGCUACACGCCCCUUUAAUAGGGGAUAGGACGCCCAUUUCGCUCAUUUAG